AUGGACGCAAAAUAGAUGCGACACAGGACCCAUUUUAACUCACGUGUAGGCCCACUGUGUGUACAUGACUAAAGUGAAGCGGUUUGUAAAACCAAUACACGUUUGUAGAUUUAAAUAUAUUUGAUCGAUAAACCGUACUUUUUCCUGCAGAAUGAGUUGCCAGAUUACUUGUGUCGGGUGGGUGGCGAGAGGCCUUGCCAAGGAAACCCCGGACAAAGUUGAGUUGAGCCAAGAGGAGCUUCAGCGCAUCAUUGCAGAAGCAAAGCAGGAGCUGGGGGACCUAGCAGCUGAGGAGGAAGAAGAAGAGGAGGAGGAUGAAGGGAUUUCUUGUGAGCAGACUCCCAACAGUAAUACAGAGGCCGUUGCUGCAGUUCCAAAGGAUGAGAAUGAAGAAGAAAAGGAGGAAGACGACGAGCUGGCAGAGUACGGCUUGGAUAAAUAUGAUGAAGAGGAUAUAGUGACCACUAGUCUUGGUGACAGUCUGGCCGGGCUGACAGUGUUCAGCUCUAAUGAGGAGGAUCCUUAUAUCACCCUCAAAGACACUGACCAGUACGAGCGGGAAGACUUCCAAAUCAAGCCCAGUGACAACCUCAUCCUAACAGGCCGGGCAGAGAAAGAUUGCUGCAAUCUGGAGGUCCAUGUUUAUAACUCUGAGGAGGACUCUCUGUAUGUUCAUCAUGAUAUUUUGCUGCCAGCUUACCCACUGUGUGUGGAGUGGCUAAACUUCGACCCCAGCCCCGGAGAAGGGCAAGUUAACUAUGCCGCUGUGGGCAACAUGACUCCUCAGAUAGAUGUGUGGGACCUGGAUGUGGUGGACUGUUUAGAGCCAGCUUUCUCCUUGGGGAGCAAAAAAGCUUCCAAGAAGAAAAAAAAGAGCAAGAAGGGGGCAGCAGCAGAGCCCGUUGACGGACACACGGACGCAGUGCUGGAUUUAUCCUGGAACAAACUGGUCAGAAAUGUGUUGGCCAGCGGAUCAGCGGAUGACACCGUUAUCUUGUGGGAUCUUACUCAAGGCAAACCAGCCACAACUCUGCGCAAGCAGACCGAUAAGGUUCAGACGUUAUCAUUCCACCCGUUUGAGGCACAGACUCUGAUAUCAGGAUCAUAUGACAAGACAACCGUUCUGUAUGACUGCCGCAGCCCAGACAACAGCUACCGGACCUGGAGGUUUAGUGGUCAAGUGGAGCGUCUGGCCUGGAACCACUUUUCACCAUGCAACUUCCUGGCCAGCACAGAGGAUGGAUUUGUCUACUGUCUGGACGCACGCUCGGAUAAACCCGUUUUCACACUGAGGGCUCACGAUCAGGAAGUGUCAGGUUUGGACCUUAGCAGCCAGAUUAAAGGGUGCCUGGUCACCUCGUCAGCUGACAAACAUGUUAAGAUUUGGGACAUUUUGGGCAACAAACCCAACCUGGUGCACUCACGGGAUAUGAAAAUGGGUGUGCUGUUCUGUGCUUCAUGCUGCCCCGACAUGCCCUUCGUCUAUGCCUUUGGGGGACAGAAGGAUGGCUUGCGGGUUUGGGAUAUAAGUGAUGUUGCAGCAGUGGCUGAGGUGUUUGGCGGUCGGGAGCGCCUGGUGGUGAACACAGGAUCACAGGCAUCCAGCACAGCAGCCACAGAUGAGAUGGAAGUCUCCCGGUGACUCUACGGAUGCAGCCUGUAAACAUGAAUAAACUGAGCAUCCCUGGAAACAUAUCAAGCUGCUCCGCUCGUUGUGUUCCUCAUAGUGCGGCGCUUAGUUUCAUGGGAAAAGGAUCGGUGGGGGGGUGAAGUUUUUCAGAAUGCAAACUGGACUAAAAACACGUCUUUCUGAUAGGAUAAGAACAGUGGUUUUGCCCACUCAAAGACAUGUUAAGAAAAGUCAAGAAAAUGUUUCUUAUAUUCGUGUAAGUGAAUAUUUCCAGGGAUUUAUUUUUGCUUUUUAGGGGGGAGCUGCGAUUCAAAUAUUUGAAUGACUCUUUGAAUUGUUUAUAUCACUUUAUGGUCUCUUAUCGUUUGCCUUUAUUAAUUUCAUUUGUUUUAUUUCAUUUACAAAUGUAAUAUAAUAUGCUCCUAAGGCUGUUUUCAUGUGGUCAUUUAAAUUGUGAUAUUGCAUACCUGGGUUUCCAUGGUAAGAUGAAAUCUUAGAUGCGAGUACACAGGCUUCUUUUGAGUACUGAGGAAAUAAUAGACUUUUAAUUCUGUAUAUUCAAUAAAUAAUACAGUUUAUAAA